AUGCCGCUUCAGAAGUCAUACUCUGAGCGCGUAGGCUUGUCAAGGGCACAAAGACCAAGACCUUUACCGCCGGUUUCCGAUGUUACAAAAAAAAAGCUUAGCAGGUUCCAAUAUAAACCUGCCGAAGAUGAGUGUGUAGCUUCUGCUCUGGGUGAGGCCAAUGGUACACCCACCAGGGCCCAGGAUGCCACAGCUGCAGGAGCUGGCGUGGUGGGAAACGCUGUCACGCCGGUGACUCGGUUGAACUGGAGGGACCUGCUUGAACCGAAUGCAGCUCCAGCGGAGAAUGAGGUCGAUAUUUCUUCCCCAAACGACAAACUGCUGUGGAAUAACCAGCAAGACACGCUGUAUGCAGCAGCUUUGUCGCCGAUGAUGCCCCGGAAGGGCAGAAAACGUGCUCGAAGCUCCUCGCCUAUAUCAUCGCCGGCUACGGACAAGGGGAAUUUGCCAGCAGUCAAUGUCGACAAGUUGAGAACGGCUCUUCGAUCACCCCACGUCGAUCCAACCGUGGAACUCUGGGAUCGAUAUUCGCUGAAUGGAUCGGAAGACAUAACUACGCCUAACGGCGCCAUGAAUCCUUCUCUGGCACAGCUCAUGGUUUCAUCAUCACCAAAACCAUCGAAGGACAUGUCUGCUCGUCGAGGCGACCCCAACUUACGGAGAGCAAUAAGCUGUGGUUUGAAUUGGCCAAAGAGAAGGAAAGUAGAGAGAUCUAAAGCCGGAAGUCAAAGCAGUAGUCAACAGCGGGAGAUGGAAGCAGCAUCGAAAUCGUCUCUGGUCACAGCAUUAUUAGACACCGUCACGAGCACUAUUAACGAACCAGGUCCCAGUCGGGCUCAGGAGCAGCUCAUGAGAUCGCCGUCACCAAAGAAGAGAAAGCUGUCGCCGACAGGAAUGGAGACGCCGCGACGCGCGGAGAAAGCAAUUCAGCCGUCAUCUUCAUCUUCCGACUAUGGUGAUGAUUUUGACGACGAUGUUUUCAUGGAACUGGAAGCGAGUAUGCAAGCAACGGGCACAACUAACACCCCACUACCGGACAGCAUCGAUCAAGGCCAGCCGGGUCGACGAAACCCUGACGGGCAAAGCCGAAGUUUCAUAGACUUGGUCGAGGAACUCAAUGACAUGGAUGAUGAUGAUAGUGUUUUUUGUGACAACAUUGUGCAAUCACGACAAACUGCACUUGGCAUUUCAACGCCCAAGAGACAGUCAAAGAACCUCCCGGCUGCGAAACUUGAAGAGAGCCCUGGUGAUGAGUUUGGUAACGACCUAGAUGGUGAUAUCGACUUCGAUGCCGUGGAACUGGCCGCGACUCAAUCGGUACAACACCUAGAGGCGCCGUCCGAAAGUAUUCUGAUUAUUCAAGCCGAUAAUUCGAAGGUCACUAGGACGGUACAUCUUCGGGGUGCUUGGUUCGACACACCUGCAAACACCAAUUCUUACGUUCACGUUAUUGGCUCUUUUUCGGCCCGCGGCCAGUGCAUCGUCGACGAUGCACAAAACCUUUUGAUACUUCACCCAGAUCAACUUGUUUCAUCCACCGUUGUUGCGGACUCUUUCGGCUGCAUGCGUCGAGCAGUGCUGCAAGAUCGUGUUAAGGCUACCAGCGAGGCUUCUCCCCCUCUUGUCUAUGGCACAAUGCUUCAUGAGAUAUUUCAGGAGGCUCUGAUGGCAAACCAGUGGGAUUUGCCGUUCCUUAGCAGCAUAAUCGACAAAAUCACCGAAAAUCACGUGGAAGACUUGUACACGAUUAAAGUUGGGUUACCAAGCGCCAAAGAGCAUCUCUUAUCAAAAAUGACCGAGUUGAGUUGCUGGGCAAAGGCCUUUGUCGCGCCAAAACCACAGGAUGAUGCGGUUGUGGAAGAUCGGAAUGGGAAGAAAGCAAAUAUGGCGAUCACAAAGCUACUCGAUGUCGAAGAGCAUGUCUGGUCGCCUAUGUACGGACUAAAAGGCAACGUAGAUGCCACUGUUGAAGUCGCUAUGUCGGAUGGGAAACGAACAAGAACCCUAACAGUGCCGUUCGAGGUCAAAACUGGCAAGCAUGCCAACAGCAAUCAUAUGGCCCAAACUGCACUUUAUACUCUCCUAUUAUCCGACCGCUAUGAUAUCGAUAUUGCCUAUGGUAUUCUUUAUUACAUGGAAACGUCGAAAACUAUGCGCAUUCCUGCAAUUCAACAUGAGCUGCGACACAUGAUUCUCCAAAGAAAUCAACUGGCGUGUUACAUCAGAGAGCGGAGUGUACAGCUGCCGCCGAUGCUGAAGAGUAAACAUAUGUGCGGGAAGUGUUACGCCAAAACUUCGUGUUUUACUUACCAUCGCCUCGCCGAUAACGGCGAUGGCGAAUCUAGUGGCAUGCAUGAGAAGUUUGACGAGCUUGUCAGACAUCUAACACCAACUCAUCAAGAUUUUUUUGUGAAAUGGGAAAAUCUUCUCACAAUGGAAGAAAAGGAAAGCCAGAAGACGAAGCGAGAGCUAUGGACAAUGACGAGCACCGAGCGCGAGAAAAAGUCGAGAUGUUUUUCCGAUGUCAUAAUUGAAGAAGGAUCCGCAUCUGUUGACACUCUCAACCCACGCAUCAACCGGUUUCAUUACACGUUUAUCAAACGGAACCAGCAACCCAACUUUUCUUUCCUGGAAUCAGAGUUGACGACCGGGGAGCCCGUGGUUGUGUCGGAUGAAGAAGGCCAUUUUGCAUUGGCAAUUGGAUACGUUACUUCAGUUCGCAAGCAACGGAUAAGCGUAGCGGUCGAUCGAAGGCUGCACAACGCCCGAACUCGUCAACUUGGGUUUGAUGAAAUUGAUAAUCAAGUGUUUUCCAGUAUCAUGGAUGUGACGCAAGGAAAGUCCCCCGACCAGGUACAAUGCGAGAUCAAGGAGCCGCCUGUACGAUAUCGACUUGAUCAAGAUGAGUUCAGCAAUGGCAUGGCGACUGUAAGGAAUAAUCUUGUACAAAUGAUGGCAAAUGACGUGCCUUCAGCGACUCAAAUACGGCGCUUAAUUGUUGACCUCGCCCCCCCUCGGUUCAAGACAGUCCCAACACAAUACACAGUUACAGACGGAGAAAAUCUCAAUGUUGACCAGAGGCGAGCAAUUGAGAAAGUAAUGAGCACACAAGACUAUUCCUUGGUUCUUGGUAUGCCUGGUACCGGCAAGACGACAACAAUUGCACACAUUAUUCGAGCACUUGUAUCGCAAGGCAAGACCGUGUUGCUCACAUCUCAUACCCACACGGCGGUGGACAACAUUCUGUUGAAGCUUAAGACCGACAAGAUUCCGGUGUUGCGUCUUGGGGCACCAGCAAAAGUUCACCCUGAGGUCCAAGAUUUUGCUCAUCUUGCUGGCCAGCCCAGGAAAACCUUUGACGAGAUUAAAGAAGCUUGGCAUGGCACGCCCAUCGUUGCUACUACUUGUUUAGGCAUCAAUCAUCCGGUUUUUCAAGAGCGCUCCUUCGACUACUGCAUUGUAGAUGAAGCCUCACAGAUUACUCUCCCCAUCUGUGCCGGACCUAUUCGAAUGGCACGCUCAUUCGUUCUCGUGGGUGACCACAAUCAGCUACCUCCGGUUGUGCGAAACGAAGACGCACGUGAAGGUGGUCUCGACGUAAGCUUGUUUAAACUACUUUCAGAUGCUCACCCGGAAGCGGUUGUCAACCUUGAGCACCAAUAUCGAAUGUGCGAGGAUAUUAUGACGCUUAGCAAUACCCUAAUUUACGAGGGGAAGCUGCGAUGUGGGACAGAAUCGCUACGAAGAAAGAGACUUCAUAUUCCAAAUAUGAAUGCUCUUGGUCAGGUUCAUUUCAACGCAUCCUCGUUGGCACAUCCAGGAACACCAAGAUCGUUCUGUACUGGCCCUGGGCCGUCUCGCUGUUGGCUAUACGAUCUCCUGGAAAGCGAGGCGCGAGUUCGGUUUGUCAACACUGAUACAAUAAGACCUCUGGCUAGAGAGGAGGCUCAAGGGAAGCGAAUCGUGAACUCUGCAGAAACGCGACUGGUAUCGCAGUUGGUGGAAAGCCUUCUCGCAGUUGGAGUACCUGCAUCCGAAGUAGGUGUUAUGACUCACUACCGAGCCCAGCUGUUCCUUUUGAAAGACCGUCUGAAGGGCUACGCAGGAGUUGAGAUGCACACCACUGAUCGAUUCCAAGGACGAGACAAGGAGGUUGUCGUCCUCAGUCUUGUACGGAGCAACGAAGCAUGCAACAUUGGAGACCUGCUAAAAGAUUGGAGGAGAAUUAACGUCGCGUUUACGCGAGCCAAGACCAAGCUUCUGGUUGUAGGAAGCAUGAAUACUUUGAAACACAGUGGAAAAGAGAACAUGCUAAGCAAGUUUAUCUCUUUGAUGGAAGGGCGGGAUUGGGUAUAUAACCUGCCAGCAGAUGCCCUGGAGAGCCAUCAUUUUGAAGAAUUAAGCACAUCCAUGACUGUUGGCCCGACACCAAAGUCAAAGUCUCCUAAGAAGACAGUGAAGAAGGCAGUAUUCAGCCUCGAAGGCAAGGAAAAUCGUCGUCCAUCGCCAAAGAAGGCGAGGAUUGGGGAACGGGCGCUUUUGAAAGGUAAACUGGUUACAAGGGACAUCCUGAAUGAAAUGACGAAUGGCGCAUACAUGGGUGUUUAG